AGAAAUUUUCUUUUUCGUCAGAUAAAUUAUUGGCAUUCCAAGUUUUAUAAUUCUACCUCUUCACUAUAUUUUGAACUCCCUUCAAAACCUCUACACCCCUCCCUCUUCUCGUGCGGCCUCAAACCUGGUCGGGUACCUGAGACAAGACGAACCUCACCCGCAGCUGAAUCUGGACAAACGCAGAACCAACCUCCCACACUAGACUAAUCCCCGCCACUCGGACCCCCGCACGGUCGAAACCACCUUUUUCUUGGAGAAGAGAGAAGGAGAGACGGGAGACGAAAAGCUGCAGGUAUCACAAUGGACAGCGAGGAUACUGGUCCCGACCCUCCCAAGAGAGAUGUUCGCAACCACAUCCUCUUUGAGAUUGCUACCGAAGUCGCCAACCGAGUCGGUGGUAUUUACUCCGUGCUCAAGUCUAAAGCUCCAGUCACUACAGCUGAAUAUGGUGAUCGAUACACCCUGAUCGGCCCUCUCAACCGGGCCUCCGCAGCUGUGGAGGUGGAGGAGCUGACUCCCUCGAACCCUCGCAUGGUGGAGACCAUGAACUCCAUGAAGGAGCGUGGCAUUGACAUGGUAUAUGGUCGCUGGCUGAUUGAGGGUGCUCCCCGGGUCCUCCUCAUCGACACAGGAACUGGAUACAAGUACCUGGAUGAGUGGAAGGGCGACCUAUGGAAUAUCGCCGGUAUUCCGUCUCCGGCCUCGGAUACGGAGACCAAUGAGGCCAUUGUCUUCGGUUACUUGGUGGCAUGGUUUUUGGGAGAAUUUAUCGCUCACGAACGCCGGCGUGCAGUAGUCGCUCAUUUCCACGAAUGGCUUGCCGGUGUCGCCCUGCCUCUGACCAAGAAGAGGCACAUGGAUCUGACCACUAUCUUCACGACUCAUGCAACCUUGCUUGGUCGGUAUCUUUGCGCCGGGUCUGUCGACUUUUACAACAAUCUACAGCAUUUCGAUGUGGACGCCGAGGCUGGCAAGAGAGGCAUCUAUCAUAGGUACUGCAUCGAGAGAGCCGCCGCGCACGGCGCAGACGUCUUCACUACGGUCUCACACAUCACUGCAUUUGAGAGUGAGCAUCUGCUCAAGCGCAAACCGGACGGGGUGCUUCCCAAUGGAUUGAACGUCAAGAAAUUCGCAGCAGUGCAUGAGUUCCAAAACUUACACUCCCAGUCCAAAGAGAAGAUCAACGACUUCGUUCGCGGUCACUUCUAUGGCCACAAUGACUUUGAUCUGGACAACACACUCUACGUCUUCACGGCAGGUCGGUAUGAAUUCCGGAACAAGGGAGUGGAUAUGUUCAUUGAGGGCCUGGCUCGUCUCAAUCAUCGCCUCAAAGCUAGCGGGUCCAAAACGACUGUUGUGGCCUUUAUCAUCAUGCCCGCACAGACAUCGUCGCUGACUGUGGAGGCCCUCAAGGGUCAAGCGGUCGUCAAGUCCUUGCGAGAUACAAUCGAGAUGAUCGAAAAGAGUAUCGGAAAAAGGAUGUACGAGCGUUGCUUAGCCUGGAGAGAAGGCGACAACAUGCCCGACGAGAAGGAUUUGAUUACCAGCCAAGACCGUGUGCUGCUGCGUCGGAGACUUUUCGCCAUGAAGCGGCACGGACUGCCUCCGAUUGUGACGCACAACAUGCUCAAUGACCAUGAGGAUCCGAUUCUCAACCAAAUUCGUCGGGUCGAGCUUUUCAACUACCCGACGGACCGCGUCAAGGUCAUCUUCCAUCCGGAGUUCCUGAACUCCUCCAAUCCGGUUCUGCCUCUGGAUUACGACGACUUUGUCCGUGGUACGCAUCUGGGAGUCUUCCCCUCGUACUACGAACCCUGGGGUUACACGCCCGCAGAAUGUACCGUGAUGGGCGUUCCAAGCAUCACCACCAACUUGUCCGGUUUCGGCUGCUACAUGGAGGAAUUGAUUGAAAACUCCUCCGACUAUGGAAUCUACAUUGUGGACCGUCGCAUGAAGGGCGUUGACGACUCGGUCAAUCAGCUGACUGAAUUCAUGUUCAACUUUGUCCAGAAGAGUCGGCGACAGCGCAUUAACCAAAGGAACCGCACGGAACGUUUGAGUGAUCUGCUCGAUUGGAAGCGUAUGGGUUUGGAAUAUGUCAAGGCUAGACAGCUGGCUCUAAGAAGAGCCUACCCUUCAUCCUUCGAUGGUACCGAAGACUAUUUCGACGUCAUUGGAGGAACAGAGCAGAAACUUUCGCGUCCAUUGUCAGAAGUCAAGGAGGACCUGGGCACUGAGGACUAUAUCGCAUGGCGUUUGCCUACUAGCGAGGAGGAAGAGCCUGAUGACCAUUACUUCCCGCUCACUCUACGGACGAAGAAGUCUUCGGAUCGACCUUCGUCGCCAUUGGAUAGCAUCCCCGUUAACGGUGGCCGCUGAUUCCGAUGGCCAUGAUCGAAGGGUUUGAUCACUCGCGGAUCCACAACUCCAAGUGAGCAUGAUUUAAAUUUAAAGAAUCAAGUCACCGGCAGCUGUAACCCCACUGAUUGUCGAUCUGCAUUUUUUUUCUCAUUUCAUUGUUCAUUGUUUUCUCUCAUUCUGCAUCAAACCUGCAUGUUCUCUUUCCUUGUUCUCUGGAUCAUCAUUUCAACUACGUGCUAUAUUUCUUGGAGAUGAUUGAUGUGGACUUAUUUGACCCGACUGUUUGUUGCGUCAAUCUGAUCAUGAUCGCC